AUGAAUCAUCGUAUAAAGACCGAGCUAUAGAUCGUAUUACUGACAUCGUGCAGGACAUUCAUAUAUCAAGUUUGUUUGACGAAGAAGACAGUUUGAGAUGUAUAUGUGGAUAGCUCUGCUCCUCGUCUUGCCUGCCUUCACUGAAGGAUUAGGAUGCGGGAAACGUCCCGCAGGAUCCCGUGUGAUCAAUGGUCAGAAUGCCGCACCCCAUUCAUGGCCUUGGCAGAUUUCUCUUCGUGUUGGUGGGAGACAUAUUUGUGGUGGUACACUGAUCAAACCUGACUGGGUUCUUACCGCGGCUCAUUGUGUUAACAAGAACCCAGACCCCGUUAGAUACACAGUAGUUGUAGGAUCGCAUUUACGAAGUUCAACCACGGAUGUACAAGAGAAGUUUAAGCUCAAACAAGUCAUAAAACACUCAGGCUUCAACACAAAACUAGAAAAUGACAUCGCUCUUUUGCAGCUCGAGAGACCAGCCACGCUGAGUGAUAAGGUGAACGUUGCUUGUCUUCCAACAGCAGAAGCAGUUGUUGAUGCCAAAUGCUACAUCACAGGAUGGGGUCGUAUGGCUAACGGAGCUUCAGCUAACGUCCUACAACAGGCUGUUCUACCCGUAGUUUCAUACGAGACCUGCAGAAAGAUCUGGCGAAUAAGACGAGGACCUCAUUUGUGUGCUGGUGAGGGACGAGACGGGGCGUCUGGUGGAUGUAAUGGUGACAGCGGCGGGCCCUUCGUCUGCGAGGAAGGAGGACGAUGGGUGGUACACGGAGCUGUUAGUUUUGGAAUGAAGUGGUGUCCUACAACACAUUACACUGUGUUUGCUAGAGUAUCUAGCUACCUGGACUGGAUUAACAGCAACAUUGCAGGAACUCCUCUACCUCCAUCGCCACCACCACCACCAACUGCAGGAUCGCCACCACCACCUCCUCCGCCAACUGCAGGAUCACCACCUCCCCCUCCACCACCAACUGCAUCUCCACCAGGAGGCUGUUCAGAUUUAUGGGGUUCUAAAGUUUGUACGUUUUACAAAAAUCGCUGCAGCUCACAAUCGUUUGUUCAGAAAGCCUGUAGAAAGACGUGCAAUCUUUGCUAAAAGUCCAGUCCUGAGUAAGACGGCGUCUCUAUGGUAACAAGGGAACACUGUAUUUUCACCCAUGAAGUAAAAUCAUUAAAAUGUUUAUCUUGAUA